UUUGGUUUCGAAAUAAUCAAGAAGUAUUUUUGGUAUGUUUACACUGUCUUGAUAAAAUAAUGGAGGAAAGGCAAAAGGAAGAAGACAUCAGGCAGCUGUUCCUGCCAUCUUCCAGUUCCACUUCUGCUGCAUCUUCCUGCUUCCUCUAAUUACAAAGAGGAAUAAGAAAAAAACAGAGCCAGAAAAAAGAUGGAAUAUAAGCAUUAGCAACAUGGCUUUCAACGCAAGCAAGAGAUGGGGGGACGGAAGAAUCCCCUCCGACACCGCACCCUCUUUUCCAUGCUGCACUGCCAAAAGGAUGAUGAGAAAAAGGAGGAAGACGCUCCCUUGACUGCGGAGUAGAGUAAUAAGCUAUCGUUGUCUAGCUACCUGCUGCCUUUUGGCUUUUGCUUCCUCCAUCUUUCUUGAGGGUGGUUCGAGGAGGCUUGGAGAUGAGUCUCGCCAUCGCGGAGAGGAAGCAGCAGCAGCGGCGGCAGCCAGGUGGGUUCGUCGGCGUCUUCUUCCAUCUUUUGGAUUGGAACCGCCGGCUCGCAAGGAAGAAUCUUUUUCCCCGCAGGAAGCUCCUCCCUCCAGUUCGUGCUGCGAAAGCGUCGGUGACAGCGAAGACGUUCGCCGCUGAUGAGAAGAUGCCAUUGGCGAAGUUACUUCUGAUUGAUGAUGAAAACCAGGGCGGUUUUCCGAGCAUGAAAAAGCUAGACGAUCUCGGACGUGGGAUGCAGGCUCCUGGACUGGUGGCCAGGUUGAUGGGUCUCGAGUCCAUGCCUGUUGUCGCGCAUGAAAGGCCGCGGAAGGCUACAGAUUCCAGCUGCCUUUGCAACAGGGAAGAAAGCGGCGGGGUGUUUUACCGAAUCGAUCAGGAUUUGUGUGUGGUGGAAUCAGGUGGGAUCAGGAAACAGGAGUGUAGACCGCAGAAGUUGCGGAAGACUGGAGGAGGGUUCUUGGAGAGGCCACCCAUUGAUGGAGGCCACGGCAAAGCUAGUCUCUCGGGAAAGAAGAAGACGGUGCUCUCUUCCUCCUCAAAGAAUAAGCUUCACAAGCCUCCUUCGCCUGGGAAAAGCUCACGGCUACCAUCGGGCAGGCUGAUGAAGGCUGCAACUAGAAUUCUGGAGCCUGGUUUGCAGGAUAGAGGUCCGGCUAAAGUCGCAAUAGCUUACAAAGAUUCUUUAAUCUUUGGUGCAGAAGGCGGUGAAGUUGUCGCUACCUUGAAGAACUCCAAUGAGCCAUUCGGUGAUUCUGUUUCUGAGUCGAGCAUGACCGAUGGGAGGUCUGAUGGAAAGCUCAGAUUACAACUAGGUGCUGAAGAAAAUCUGCGACCAAGGAUUGGCUCAUCUUCUUUUGAUAUCAGUAAUGCCUCUUGCUCUCAUACUGACUUUAAAGAAAGUAGUUUUAUUUCGCUUGCCAUGCACGCUGAACAGCCCAUGGACAAUGAGAUAUUUAAACCUUUUCAAUCUAAGACGGUGGUGCAAAACAUUGAGGAGGAACUCAGCGAAAAGAAUGAACAAAGUGCACGCAAGACUAAGUUUGAUAGGUCAUCAAAUAUGUUUCGAAGGAAUCAACUUAGGCAGAAUCAUGCCACUACUGUGAGGGAGAAAGUGGCAUUUGGGACCAGCGUCUGUUCAAGUAGCCAAGGUGGAAGAGAUGCAAAUAAGAUCAGAAGUGGAAAGGGUUCUGCUUUUGUGGUCAGGAACGCAAGUAAUGGCAACCGCUCAAAGUUGGCCUAUGAACAAAAUGGCUAUCGCAGGUCGUUUGGUACUAGCCCUACAAAGAACAUGACGCAAAAGAGAACAACUAGUACUGUUUGUGGAGAACCUGCUGAAAUCUUACGCUCGACCUCUACUAAGCAAAAUGUUGGAAUCAAUUUUAGUGACCGAAAGGGGUUAGAACAAAACAGUUUCAGGUCUGUCAGCAAAAGAUGCAUCAAAAGCAAUUCAAACUGCAAAAGUGGCAAUGAAUUUGAUUUCAAGAGCAGUGACAUUGUUUGUUUCACAUUCAAUUCACCAGUUAAGCACAUACGUAUAUCACCUUCAAACGAGGAACAGAAGAUGAAUAUCAGGUCUACAAAUGGGUACUUUAAUAACAUUGGUUGUGAUGCAACAUUGGAGUUGGAUGCGCGGAAUAGCAUAGUAUCUAACAGAAUAGCUACAUUGAGAGGAGAUGAAUCAAGAAAUCUGCUUGAAGAAAAUAGUAAGGAAUUAACUUUCAUGGAUCAUGACUUGCUAGUUGGGGCUGCGAUGUCUUUUCCUUGUCUCCAAGAUCUGGGAGCUGCUUUUAUAUCUGGACAGAAUGAACAUAAACAGAUUAGCGCCUGCUCCAAGGAAAAUGCCAUGUCUUCCUCCUUAGGCUCAUCUAGUUUUCCUACUUCACAAAAACAGGACAACGUUAAAACUCGUCCUGCUUCAAUUCUUGAAAUGGAAAGUAGUCAGCUUAGCCCAAUAUCCAUUCUGGAGGCUUCAUUUUCAAAUGAUAGUUGCUCAAUUGGGAGCCUCAAUGCCAGUUCAGUCGGAAAGCUGCAGGUUGGUUUGGUGGGAAAUUGCAACACACCACAAUCAACUGAUACAGACGUUGAUCUUUUGGAUUCAGCAACUUCAGUUGAUCUCAGAAGGUCUAUUUUAGAUAAAAUCCAGCAUCUGAGUCGCAUAACUUCAAGUGCCGAUGACAUUCCUUAUGAAGUUGGAUUCUCAAACUUUGAAUUUUUUGAAGCUAGGCGUUUCAUUUCAAAUGCAGUGCUGUUGUUUGAAAAUUUCACCUCGUCAGAUACCGGUUCUUUUGGCAUUUCUCUAGAAUCAACUCUUUUAGACUUGCUACAAGGUGUUUGUGAUGCUCUUCUUGUACCAACAGUUGAUCCCCGUUAUAGAGGGGUAAAAGAAACAGAUCGACUAAGAGAGUUGCUAUUCGAUUGCAUGAUCGAAUGCCUGGAUUCUAAGUAUAGCUUUUCUUGCAAGUCUGGUUACAUGACGUACUUUAAGAAGCCUUUCCUUUUAAACCGAGAGAAAUUGAUGGAAGAACUUCACAAGCAAAUAACAGAUUGGAUGGAUUUGGCAGGCAAGUUUUUGGAUGAUUUGGUCAAGAACGAAAUGAAAUCAACAACUGAAAAUUGGACAGUCUGCAAGAUAGAAGCAUGUGAGGCUGGCAUGGAAUUAGAGAGCAACAUUCUUCAGGCUUUGGUGGAAGAAAUUCUGAUUGAUUUCUACUAGUGGAUGCUUAGUGACUAAAGGAGUUCGACAAGAUAACUGGUCUUAUAAACAAGCUCUGAUAUAUUUUGUGUUUCUUGCUUUCUUCACUGUAAUUAUAUAUGACACUAAGAAGCUAGAAAUCAAGUUUUGUUCAAACUGCAAGAAGAAGAUUUGUGAGUUCUUGACUUAUUCUUGCUUAAACUCUGGGAUGGUGCGUUGGGUUUAUUUGGAUACAGACUCGCUUUGUUGCUUCAAUCUAUAUAUUAUUUUAC